AUGGAAACUGACUGCGUCAAGCAUGUCAAGCACUGUCAUUUGUGCCAAGUUUACGCGAAUCAAAUCAAAGCCCCGCCCAAUGAACUGCAUCCAAUGGCAGCUUCCUGGCCCUUCUCAAUGUGGGGGAUGGACGUAAUUGGUCCUAUCAGCCCGAAAGCAUCCAACGGACACUUGUUCAUACUAGUAGCUAUCGAUUACUUCACUAAAUGGAUCGAGGCUAUCACUCUUGCGUCGGUUACUGUAAAGGCCGUGGCACGCUUCCUCAAGCGCGACAUCAUUGCACGCUACGAGGUCCCUGCGACUCUCAUCAUGGACAAUGCCAAGAACUUGAACAACAAACUCAUUGACGAGCUAUGUUCACGGUUCAAGAUCCAACAUCGCAACUCCUCUCCGUAUCGUCUCCAAAUGAAUGCUGCGGUAGAGGCAUCAAACAAAAACAUCAAGAAAAUCAUCGCAAAAAUGACGGUGAAUUACAAGGACUGGCACGAGAUCGCAAAAAUGAAGGUGAAUUACAUGGACUGGCACGAGAUGCUUAUCGGACAUAUGUCCGCUCGUCUACCGGGGCAACCCAGUAUUCUUUGGUCUACGGCAUGGAAACAGUUCUUCCAGUUGAAGUGGAAAUUCCCUCCAUGA